UUGGCGUCGGGCAUCGGCGCCCGGGGAAACAACAACGCCUAAAUGGGUGACUAAGCAGCAGAGCUCCAGCGCAGCUCAAGGCCGCAAGCUCACGCGUGGCUCCGACCCCAGACAAGACGACCUUCUCGCUGCCACCUCCUCAGAACCUCAACCAACCAGUUUUAAUUCGACUACUAUUGCAAAUAUGGAGGUUCUGCUAGGUAUCACCGGAAAGGACUUCGUCAUUGUCGCAGCCUCCAAGGCUGCGAUGAGGGGACCUACCAUUCUGAAGGCCACAGAUGAUAAGACACGAGAAUUGAACAAGCACACACUCAUGGCAUUUUCGGGAGAAGCUGGAGACACUGUCCAAUUUGCCGAGUAUAUCCAAGCAAAUGUGCAGCUGUACACUAUGAGGAAUAAUACAGAGUUGAGUCCAGCAGAAGUUGGCAGCUUCGUUCGAGGAGAACUGGCCCGGAGCUUGCGGUCGCGCAACCCCUACACUGUCAACCUACUACUUGGAGGAGUCGAUCCCAUCACACAGAAGCCGAGUCUAUACUGGGUAGACUACUUGGCAUCACUGGCCGCCGUUCCGUAUGCCGCCCAUGGCUAUGCUCAGUAUUACUGCUUGUCGCUCCUGGAUAAGCACCAUCAUCCCGACAUCAACUUCGAACAAGGAAUGAAGCUCCUUGAGCUAUGCACUGAUGAGUUGAAGCGAAGAUUACCCAUCGAUUUCAAGGGGGUUCUUGUCAAGGUUGUUACGAAGGAUGGAAUCAAGGAAAUAGAUUAUGAUAAUAGCAAGCAGGUUGCAAGCGCUUAAAAGCCUUGGCCUUGCCUGGGGGCGGCGUUGUAUCAUACCAUUUUUAACGAAUUAUCUUGAGAAAAACAAGGGCAAUAUGAUGACGGUCUAGACUCCUAAUCCAUAUAUUCUGAUGAAUGUAAAAUACAACUUCCAUAACCUAGGGUAUAGAGGAG